UGGGCCCAAAAUGGUGGAAGUUCAAGAAGACAUCCUUCUUGAAGUGAGGAGGCUGAGUGGUGCUAUGGAUAAGGUGGCUGCAGCCUUGGAAAAAAUUGCAGUUACCUUGUCAAAAUAAGGUGACAGGUCCAAUUAGGUAAACAGAAUCCCGCCCCAGGGAGACAGCAGGAUCUCGCCGAGGCGCCAAAACAACAAGCUCGGGGCGCCCCUCGCAAUUUCCCUUAAGUAUACAUCCAAGAUCUACGUCCAUAUAUAGGCGAACCUAACAUCACCAUUGCCGAUCCAGGAUUCAGGACGUUUCCUAAGUCAAAGGAGAUGUCCCCAGCCGGCCACACCACCACCACCACAGCACCACCGCCGGAGAACACAGCCGGCGGUGGUGAGCGGAAAAUCUUCUUCAACUACUCAUACCUCAGAACAUAUGAAGGAAUACUCAAGCUGGCCCAACUAGUCAUCGCAGUGCUGGUGUUCGUCUCUGUCAUGGUCUCGGAACACCCUCGCGGCGGCACCUCGGACUGGAUCUCUUUCACGUCCAUGGGCAGCUUCUGGUUCAGUGGCAUGUUGUUCGUGAUGUACCUCGUCAAUGCUGUGGUCGUCCUCACUGACGUGCCCUGUGGAAUGCUGGAGCUGGUGUACACAUGUCUCUGGACGGCCUUCUGGUUUGUGUCGGGCUGUUUGGCGGCGGACUUCGCGAGUAAAGGCGCGGGUGUCGCCUUCAUAGUCGCCGCCUCCCUCAGCUGCCUGGCCACCAUCGUCUUCGGCCUCACCGCCUUCCUGCUGUACAAGAAGAGGAGGGCGGGAGCGCUGUCCUCUGCCCAGCCGCUCCGCACACACCGACACCUCAGAUAUGAAUUACUCUUAACCCCUUGGAUGCAGACUUCCUACCAGAAUACAUCACCAAGCUACAGGAGUGGAGCAAUAAGUGGCUGCUACAAUUCAGUGAAGAAAAAUGUAAAAUCCUGCACCUUGGGAGGGGAAAUCCAGCACCCCAAUACCGCAUGGGAAACACUCCACUAUCCACCACAGACGCAGAGAAUGACCUGGGAGUGUAUGUUACCAGGCUACCAGUGAAGGGAUAUCCAGCACACCAAUACUACAUGGGAAACACUCCACUAUCCACCACAGAGGCAGAGAAAGACCUGGGAGUAUAUGUUACCAGGCUACCAGUGAAGGGAUAUCCAGCACACCAAUACUACAUGGGAAACACUCCACUAUCCACCACAGAGGUAGAGAAAGACCUGGGAGUGUAUGUUACCAGGCUACCAGUGAAGGGAUAUCCAGCACACCAAUACCACCUGGGAAACACUCCACUAUCCACCACAGAGGCAGAGAAAGACCUGGGAGUAUAUGUUACCAGGCUACCAGUGAAGGGAUAUCCAGCACACCAAUACCACAUGGGAAACACUCCACUAUCCACCACAGAGGCAGAGAAAGACCUGGGAGUAUAUGUUACCAGGCUACCAGUGAAAGCGAAACCCAUGCCAAUCGCAGCGGAUGGGUUAAGAAUAUGGAGCUUAGCCUCUGCCCUGAGUCAUAGCUGCACAGGAUUAUGGUCUGGUCUGUCCGUCACCUCCUUGCCAUCAUGUCUCCGUGUCUGUACAUCAGUCACACAGCUUCUUGGCGGCAGGACAACAACCAACGAAUCUUCACCAUACAACUGUACACUCCUACUGUCUUACCUAUUCCCCCACCUGUACCUUUACCACUAACCCACUUCCUCUUCCUACUAUAACCUUGAUUAAAAG